GGAGGACAUAUAGUGGAAAGUGGUACUCAUACAGAAUUGAUACAACGACGUGGAUCUUAUUAUAGGAUGCUUGCUCAAAACAAUUUCAAAUGACCACCAUUGAACUAGUUUGAAAGUGAAAAGACACUUUGUUCAUCAACAAGAGAAACUUUUCCUAAUAAAUUUGACUCGUGAUAUUGUUACAUGAAUGAAUUUACUGUAUAAUUUUUAUAAUUAAUAAGAGGUUAAAUGUUUAAUCGAGUCACACACUAUUAUAUCAGUUUUUUUUAACUUAUUAAUCCUAGAUGAAUAUAGUACAAGCAAUGAUGAUCUCGAUAACUACUUCGAGUUAGAAUUAUUUAUACAAAAGUAACUUAGCAUAAAAAACAUAUCCUCAUAAUUCAUUAUAACAUCAAUAAUUAAUCAUGAAAUGAUAAAAAAUAAUCAUAUGUAUAAGUGUAAUAGUUAUCAGUUAGGGGUGCACCGGUGACGGUUCACCAUCCACCGUUCCACCGUACCAGCGGUGCCACCGGUGAACGGUGAACCGGUGGACCAAUGAGACCGGUGGACCAAUGAGACCGGUGGACCAAUGAGACCGGUGGACGGUGCACUGGUCACUUUUUUGUAUUUCGGUGUCUCUCCUACACGAUACAUCUCAGAAGCUUGAGCACUUAAUUUUCCGAUAAGAAGUAAUCCUUCGUCCUGAUUAAUUUUGGGAAUACUGAUCAGAACUUCGAAGUAAGGCAGAGAAUCAAACCGAUAAGAUUAUACAAAGCCAUAAUGGAGACUGGCGUAUUAGUAUUGCUGGAUUCAUUGAGUAUUAUAUUGUUUGAGUAAGAGCGGAAACCGGUCGUCACCGUAGAUUUUCAUAGUUCUAAAUGAACAAUAUUGAUGUUAACGGCAAUAGUUGAACCUGUUUUCUUGAGUAGACGAUGAUAUAACAAACGAAACGUUUCUUUCGUACCUAAUUACGAUGGUUAGGCUGAGAAAAAGGUUGGUUGAACCAUGAAAAUCUGUGGUAAUGGCUGCUGUAGAGGCAUCGGUGGUUGAUAAAAUAAUGCGGACGCGUAACUAGUAUCCGAAUACGGUCACCUCAGUAACUCCUUGAUAUUCUAACUGGCUAUAUUCUCUUCAACGCUGAAGAUUGAAAACAGUUUUUCGAUUCGAAAGUAUGGAAGUACAGAAGACACCAUUUCGCCCAUGAAUGCAGUGAUCAGGUUAAUGAUAUCGCCAGUUUGAAGAUAAAAGCUCACAUUGAUAGUUGGUGUAUCGACAGCAGUGUGUGUUGUGGGGCCUAAAACGCGUGACAAACUAUAGAAACUGGCUAUCAUCGUAGGUUGUUCUUGUUCUAACUGGCACUAUUGUUCGCUGUCAUCCUUAUUUAAACUGUAUUUCUAAUUGCACACUAUUACCUUAUGGAAGAUAUUUGUGGCGUCCUAGUACAAAGACCAAGCUAGUAAUACGGUCGACGAGAGCAUAAAAGUCUUGCUAAUGGAGACUGUAUUGGUCUGGGGUGUGGGUGGUGUCUGUGUGGGUGAGGGUGUGGGUGUGGGUGUGGGUGUGGGUGUGGGUGUGGGUGUGGGUGUGGGUGUGGGUGUGGGCGUGGUGUGGCUGUGGCUGUGGGUGGGUGUGGGUGUGGAUGAAGAGAAGAACGACACUCACACCCACAGCCACACCCACACUCACCCACACCCGUACCCACACCCAUACCCACAUCCGCCCACACCCCACACCGACAGCCACAUCCACACCCACACCACCGUCCUAGAGAGAAGAUAACAAAAUGAAAAAAAGAAGAAAAAAAACACAGACUAUUAUUACAAGCUUUUCUUGCUCCAUAAUCACUUGCAAUAUAUGUUUCAUGCACAUCUUACUACACUGUAGAAAAUUCUAAGUUUGUAUAUGUAAAGCUAUUCGUUGUUGGAAUUUCAAUCAUCGUGGCUAGAAUGUAUAGUACAAGAAGUGUUCAGUUUUGGUAUGUAUACUUAACUGAAUUCUGUUACUAUCUGGCAUUUUGUGCAGUGUCCCGAAUGAAAGAAUUAAGACUAAUAAAUCUGUUUCUAACUUUAGGUUUAUUAAAGUAAGUUCACUUGCUUGGCCCCCUUGCACAUUAUAAACAACCAAUUACAUAUCAAAGAGUGAUCACACUUAAGUUUGGAACUAUCCACGAAAGAGAAGAGAACACGUCUAUCACUGACGAACAAUAUAAUGAUAGAAGAACAGGCAAGGAUAAGUCCUAGCAAAAAGAGAAUAUAUCAUGAGAGAAAACAGAUGAAUGAAAAAGAAUAGCGCAUACACAAUUCUGGCGGCACUAACUCUUAUGAAUUGCAUCGGGAAGAUGAAAAUCAUAAUAGAUCUUCUUUCUUUCAUUGAAUUAGAUCUUAUCAGUUCGUAAUUCGUAGGAUGUCGAUAUCUGACCAUCUCAUGUACGAUAGUGUCCGACAUUAUUCAUUUAUCCGACGAGAAUAAUAAAAUGAUAAAAUUUCUGGAAGGAUUUAACAAGUCGAGUCGUGACUUUCAAUAAAAUGUAGAACGCCGUUUAUACUCUAUUCACAAAAAGUUCCCGCACAAUUUGCCGAAAACUGAUUAUUAUGGAUGGCAAACAGGUAUUGUGAUUUAAAGUAUGAAUUUUAAUUUAGAGAACUCUGUUCAUUCAUAUGGAAUGUAUCAAUAACUUUGAGUCAAGCUGAAAGGCAUUCUUUGUCUUGUGUUUCACCCAUACCAAUUACUUUAUUAAUGAACUGUAUUGAGGCUUUUUAUGGAUAGACUUCAGUUAUUAGUCUACAUUUCGGUGAAAUUUUCAACUCCAAUCGUUAAAUGUUUGCAAAAAUAUCAUAACUUUAUUGUUUUCAAGAGGUUGAUAAACAAUUGUGGGUGCCACUGUAAAUAAUGGAUCCACUACUAAUGAAUGACUGUUAUUAAGAGAGAAGAAAGUCAUUGGCGUAGUCUCUAAGGUGAAUGCAAGAAAAAUAACUGCUUUCAACAAGCAUUGAUUUUCGUAAUCGAGUAUUUCUUUAGACGUUUCGCAAUCAAAUCAAAACAGAGCUAUCGCAAUACAGGUUUUUGUUGAUUGUGACUUAUGCUGAUCACCAUGACUAGCUUAUCAACUUGAAGAGAAGUCUUGAUGAGAAGUUUCAUUACACGAUCGAAAGAAGAUAUUCGAAACAUACUGAAACUGAAAAUACCUACCACAGGCAUCACUCAAAGAAUAGCUGUCUCGAAAAUCUCAAAUUUUCAUUGUGUCAUCUUGUUUUUAAAGAUUUUCAUAUGUAAUGGUACAUGUAAUAAACAUUCUGCAAUUAUUUGUGUUCAGUAAUGAAAUUUCUUCAAAUACAAGUGUUAUUAAGAGCUAUUAUUUCCAUUCGAGAAGUUCCGAGGAUCAACAUGUUCUAAGUGAAAAUGUCGAUAAUUAGUUAUCAAGCGGACCGUUGGUGAAUUCCGUUGAUUUUGGCUCUCAACAAGACUUUUUCAGGAAUCAUCAUAAUUUUUUUCUCUAUUUGCUAUAAAUAAAACAGUCUUCUUUCAUGUUUAUCAACUAGUUCAAUUAUAAGGGUCCCUUUUUCUUAAGAACGAAACUUUUAAAUUGAACAAACUUUCUGUGCGAAUUCUGCAAAGCUGCAACUUGAAUACUAUGUGAGAAGUUAAAUACUUAAAAGUCAAACAGCAUUCAACUCUUCCCACUAACGAUGACUUUUGAUUAAUUUUCAUUGCAAAACAAAGUAGUCUAGAUGAUAUAGUCAGUGUACGACAUUUUCAGUUUGAUAUGUCUUCUUGCUAGAGCUAGUUCCACUCCUGAGUAGCGAAACAGACUAGUGCAAACUUUUGCAUAUCUAUGAUGUCUUUGUUUGACCAAAGAUGUUUCUUAUUGUAGAUGUAUCUUCUUCGAAAUCAACUACUAUGGCGAGAUGGGAAGUUAUCAGACAAGAAAGCGAAAUCACGGACGUGAUGAAAAUAAAUAUAUUGUGCACAAUAAGUACUACGAUUGAUCUAUAUAGAUCAUCGGAAAUGGCAAAAAUUGCCGCCACUGUUACACACUGGCUUAAUGAAACGUAUGGAAAACAGUGGGCUAUGGUAAUUUGCAAGGUAGGCGCAGGUGGCUUGAUUGCCCAUGUCAAGGAAAAGAAAUGGCUGUCAGUGACAGAAAUGAAUUUGGGAUGGAAGAUUAUUGUAUGGAAAAGCAGUUGAUCUUCAAAAAAAUGCUAAGAUUCUGAUUUAAGAUUGUUAUUUAGUUCUUUCCUUUUUUAUUGUCAGAAAAUGUGAUAUAUAGUGAACUAUUAUUGCUUAUUAUUUUUCUGUGAUUCAUUUGCAAUAAAACGUAAUUGGCAGAAUCUUACAAGUUCUUAUCCAAAUUUAGAAAGGCCUAGAACGUUGGAAAAUUUUUCAAACGAUUCAGAAUCCAAAAGAAACGAUUAUCGACAAUAUGUUGAAAAAUCUAUUGUGGAAAACUUGAUUAUGAUAAGAUGGUACCGUUGACACAUAUACCACCUAAUUUUAAACGAUGAAUACUGUCAAUUGAAACGAUAGAUUACUUUCAUUCUUGUUUUGGAGUUCAUAAUUACUUAUAGAGUACAUUUUUUAGCUUCAUUUCUGAAGUUCUCUCCCACCACAUUCAUAAAUGCUAUCAUUGCUUCCAGAUCGUUCGAAAGACCUAGCAUAUGAAUUUGGAUGUGUGUGUGUACCAUGUUAUGAUUCGGUUUAGUUAAAUAGAAGGAGAAAAGAAACACAAGAAUGGGUACUCUCAUAUACACUUUCAUACUAUCAUAAGUACGCACAUUGACACAUAUAACCACACUUACUUAUCCUUCAAUAAAUUAGGAUAGUAAAUAUGAAACUACUGUAGAUAUUGUUCCUUUUAAAUAAGUAGAUUUAUCUAAAGCUCAGAUAAUGGAUAAAUGCAAAUUAGAAUCCAAAUGAACAGACCAAUGAAAAUCAAACUAUAUACAAAUCUUUCUGAUUAUCUUCUUUGAAUAUCAGUUUAUUCUUUAACGUUUUAUUCAUGUGAGUGAUAUACGAACGAUUUUAAUCGUAGAAUUUUGAUGCAUGGCAAAAAGUUGCAAGGAAAAGUCUGAUGUCCGGAUCGGGCAGUUGCAUAUGACUGGGUAAAGUUGAAUCACGUUUUGCUUAUGACUUUCUACAAUUUUUUCUAGUGUAUUUCCAUUGGAAAUCCACAGAUUUAGAAGUCAAAAUCAUUCACGUGGAUAAAAGUAAUAUUUUGCAAAAAACAAGUAUUAUUAAAUAAAUUACCUAAUAAAAGUUUGCUUUCUUUCGUGGUUUUUGUUUUUUUCUUAAGUCAUAUGGAGAUAAAUUCAUUUAUCAAAAUAUUUCGAAAAAAAAAUUAUUUUACUCUAUAAACGUAAUAUUUGUAUUUAAGAACAUGAAUGCUUCAAAGUUCAUCCUUUCAUAAUUACGUUAAGUGAAUCGAUAGUUAUUCUAUCAAAUGUGUCUCAUAUUCAUAGAUAACCAUCUGACAAAAAUAAACUAGACACAUUAAAAACUAAUCUAAACAUUUUUGAAAAAAGAUGAGUUAUCAUGAUUAUCACUGUAAAUCUUUUUUAAAUAUUGAAAAAUUUGAAUAAUGAUUUUGAAAAAUCUGUUAAAAGUAGUGAAUAUUUUUUUGAAGAUCGCUUUGCUGUAAGUGGAAUAUAUUUGUUUACUUGAUCAUAGAACUUUUUCGUUUGAAAAAUUUAUAUCGAUUAUGACGUAUAUCUAAAUUUUAUAUCUAGUUGAUUGAUGAAGUAUAAUUUUAAUUCUUCGAUAGAGAAAUGUGAAUUUUUUAUAACCACUAUGUAAUCUUUUCUAAUAAUAAAAAGAAAGACGAUAAAUAUCUUUUAGAUGAUCAUUAUGAAAAAGAUGAUUGAAUUUUUCAAAAACCUGUUUCAUUUUUUGAAAACUACUAUUGUAGAAUAAAGAAAAUGUGCUUAUCAUAAAAUUUUAAAGACUUGCAUACUAUUUAUGAUUCAAUCAAUAAAAUUAGCUCUUUUUUAGGCACAGAAAAAGGUCAAAGAGUAUGUAUAAAUUUGCAUAUAACAUGUGUAAAUGUGUUCAAUCGAUUUCUAUCGUAUUUGACUGUAUAGUAUGUCAUCUACACUAUCCUCAGCAUUGUAUCCUCUUCUGACCUGUUUCCUGAGCAUUGACUCUAACAUAGUUGUCUGCAGUACCGAUGUACUUUGCUAGAAGAAGAUGCGAUGUCGAUGGAAGCAUAUAUGACAUAUUCUACUGUCAAAUACGAUAGUUAAUAAUAGAGAUCGAUUGGACACGUUCACCUUAACUAUAUGCAAAAUUCAACUAUAAGACUUAAAAUUAAAAAAGAAAAGAUACAUUCCUUUUAAAUUACUAAACUGAUGUAUCUGAGUUCAGUCGGCCUACUUACUGAUAAAAGAUAUGGGUGUUUGUAGAAUUAUCUGAACACCAAAGAAUGAAAAAAUAGUAAUUUCAUUAACGUGAAUAUUGUUGAAAAGAUACUAGAAAUGGUGACAUUUCAUCAUUAACUAAAAAUAAAAACUCUUUCAACUUCUCUUUAUUUAGCACUAGUUUUUAUCUUUAAUUAUAUGAUAAAUAUGUAUGUCUUACAGUUUUUUUUUAAGAAAAAACCUGUUCAAAAACAAGAAAUAUUUUAUUCACAUAAAUGUUUAUUUAAACAUUUUCACUACAUUUAGUAAAAUGAAAUGAAAUUCUCGGAAGAUUGAUGUUGAAACGAUGAAUCUCAAUAUGUUCAUAUUCAUUUGCAAUAUUGGUUUAAUCAAGAGAUUCUUCUUCAAUUAAUAUGAUGUCAAAAAAUAACUCUUUGGUUAAUUAAGAAAUUACAAGAAAAAGAAUGUUUUUCCAGUGGUGUGACUACAUUCUAGAAUAUUAAAUUCGUUUCUAUGAGAUCUAUGACGCAGAACGCUUCUACUAUCAUCAUAUUGAAAACAAGUUAUACCUAGAAAUAAUUCUUUUCAUCAAUGCUUUCUCGAUAUUUUAAUAAUAAUAAUGUAAUGUUUGUUCAUCACAGAUGGUUGAUAUCCAACAGAAAAAAAAAGAACAAAACCUACGUUUUUAAUCACAUAAAGUAUCUUGAGUGAGCUCUUAGUUGUUAAACUAGAUUGCUCUAGAAAAACUUGCCAAAGGUGAGCACAUUUAUAUUCAGUAAAGUUUUUCUAAUUAUAUUCAAGUUUUGAAACCAAUCGCAUAUGUAAUAAAGGUAAAAUGAAUUUAGCAAACAAUUUUGCCUAAUUUUUCUCUAUAAUGAACAUCUCGAACAUCUUAAUAUUAGAAGGUACAAAAAUUUUGAUCACUAUGCUUUUGUUGUUUAACUAACAACAAUUAUUGACAAUAAGUAAAAUAUUAUUAUAAGAUGAUAUUUAUAAAAGAAAUCUUUCACAAAUACAUAAUUAUUUUUGUUGUUGUUCUACUCUAUUUGUAACAUCAUGUUCUUGUUUAAAAAAAUCACAAUAUUGAUUUUCGUUUGAAAGGAAACAUAGUUUGAUCGUAUGUUCAAGUGACUUUUUUCUUCGAGAGCAUAUUCGUAGUAUAAUUUUAAAAAAGUGUUUUUCCAAGACCUAAAGUCUACAGUUUGUUUUCUAGAUACAAUCCAUGGUGAUACGUUUCAAACAACUUAUUUUAGUAUAAGAAUAAUAUCAACAUGAGAGUUUUUUUUUAGUUUAAUUCUUUACCGACAAUCUACCUUUUGCUAAAUGAUCUUUGUUCGUAAUGAUCAUUCAAUCAUUUUAUCAAUUACGAUAGAUAAUUAAUCUACUAAGGUAAAAUAAUGAAUAUUCCUGUUAUGUUCAACAGAUAAAACCAUUUUUCUGUGAAAAUUUUAUUAUGAAAUUUAUUCGUAAUAAAAAAUUUUCUGGCAGUAUAUACUUCUUUUUUUUUUUACAAUAAUUAAUCAUUUACUUUGAAUAGAAAAAUAUUGAAAAGUUUAGUAGACACAUUAAUAAAGCUAUUCCAACAUUAAUAUUAGAUAAGACCAGCUUAGUAACAGAUUAUCACGAAAACUAUGUUUAAAAUCGUGUUCUUGUAAAUGUGUGGAAAACGAUUUUAUGGAAAACAUAAGCCGUUUAGUUUUGUCAAUGAAUAUUACUACUGAUUUAAAUAAAAAAUCGAUUAUAUUUUUAGAUAUUAAAAAUGACAUUAUUUACUUUUAUCAAUAUAUGCUCGUUCCUUUUUCUGCUGCCUAUUGAUGAAGUAUCAGGUAAAUAUUUAACAAAAUGUGUCAAUAUACUUAUUUUAAAAGUCAGAUACAUUAGUUUUGUGUCAUCAACUUUGUCAACAAAUAACUAUUCAAGACAAGUAAAUCAAAUUUCAUCGGAAAAAAUAUGUACAAUAAAUAAUAGACAGAAUAUGUAUACUUUUAGUUUGAUAAAUACCAUUGACUGUUUCGAUUUGAAACCGAACAUGAUAUUCUUGCUUUCGAAAUUCGAUCACUUUCUACAGUUUCCUUAUCAGUUUCGACCCGACAUGAUCGGAACCGAACAAGAAAAUCAAAAACCACUGGACAUUCAAUUAAAUUCAUCAAUUUGAUUUUUAUAAAACUCACAGCAGUUGGAUAACAAACGAGGGAUUUGAGCCUGAUUUCGGCAAUCAGGUUCAGAUAGGAUCUAAUAAAUCGGAAUGUAGCAGUAUUUUAGUUACUUAUUUGAUAAAUAUUAUUCUGGUCGUAGCCUAAUUUGUUUACUUUUUUCAGCAAUAUCGUACAAUCAGCCAAAAUUGUGUCCUAAUGCAACAUGGAACUCGACGGCAAUAACAUUUGCAACUAGCAGUGUUGUUGGCUCGUAUCCUCAAGGAAUUUUUGUUGAUACAAACAAUACUGUUUAUGUAGCCCAUCGAACAAACAAUGCAGUUCUAGUAUGGCUUAAUGAAAGUACCACGCUGACACAAAAUAUAUCUGGUGGCUUAAGCUAUCCAUAUGGCAUUUUCGUUACGGAUAUAGGUGAUAUUUAUGUUGAUAAUGGAUAUUCGAAUAGUCGAGUCGAUAAAUGGACAUCAAAUGCAACUACUAGUGUUCCAGCUAUGUACAUGUGUGGACAGUGCUAUGGUCUCUUUGUCGAUAUUACGGAUACACUUUACUGUUCAUUGUUUGGUUAUCAUCAAGUUAUCUCAAAUUCACAGAGACAAGGUUCAAACACAUGGACUAUUGUAGCUGGUAAUGGUAUUGCAGCAUUGUCAUCGACUUCACUUUAUAAUCCUCGUGGAAUCUUUGUUGAUAAGAAUUUAAACUUGUAUGUCGCUGAUAGUGAAAAUGAUCGAAUUCAGUUUUUUCCACCUGGGCAAUUAAAUGGAACAACUUUAGUGGGCACUGGAGCAUCCGGGACUAUUGCACUCUUAUAUCCAACUGCAGUUGUUCUUGAUGCUGACGGAUAUCUUUUCAUUGUUGACUGUUAUUAUCAUCGCAUUGUAGGUUCGAGUUCCAACGGUUUUCGAUGCAUAGCAGCAUGCACUGGAGCUGGUUCAACAUCUAGUCAAUUAUAUUAUCCAUUAACUCUUAGUUUUGAUAGUUAUGGAAACAUAUUUGUCACUGAUCAAUAUAAUCAUAGAAUUCAGAAGUUUCUUUUAUCAACAAAUUCAUGCAAUGGAGCGACAACAGCAACAACAAUGAGUACUGUAACAAGUUCGAUGAGCACCUUUCAACAAACUACUUCAUCAAUAUCCAUGUCUUAUUCAAAUGCUGUUUCAUACAAUCAACCAAAAUUCAGUGCAUAUGCUUCGUGGAGUGGUAAUGCAAUAACUUUUGCCAGCACUGGCACGGUUGGCGCAGCUCCUUACGGAAUUUUUGUUGAUAUUAACAAUACGGUUUAUGUGGCUAAUCGAGCAAAUAGUCUAGUUCAAGUGUGGUUAGAAGGCAGUAAUAUGCCUACAAGAAAUAUCACUAAUGGUUUGUAUCUUCCAUACAGUAUAUUUGUUACAAUCAAUGGUGAUAUUUAUGUUGAUAAUGGAAAUUUAAAUAAGCGUGUUGACAAAUGGAUAUUAAAUGGAACUCUAAGUAGCUCAGUAAUGUACGUUACACAAGAAUGUCUUGGUAUUUUUGUGGAUAUUAAAAAUAAUAUACACUGUUCAAUGUAUAAUGUUCAUCAAGUUGCAACAAAAUCAUUAAAUGGUAAUUCAAGUAUGUGGAUAGUCUCAGCUGGUACUGGUUGCGUCGGAUCAGCAUCCAACCAACUUUACUAUCCUCGUGGAAUAUUCGUUGAUACUGAUCUUAAUUUAUAUGUUGCUGAUUGUGGAAAUAAUCGAGUUCAACUCUUUCAAUCUGGACAAGUAACCGCAAGGACUGUAGCUGGGGAUGCAGCACCAGGAACUAUUUCACUCUAUUGUCCUAGUGGAGUGGUACUUGAUGGUAAUGGAUAUCUUUUUAUUGUAGACAGUUAUCAUCAUCGUAUUGUUGCACAAAGUUCGAACGGUUUUCGAUGUAUAAUUGGAUGUUCGGCUGUCGCAGGUUCAACAUCGAGUCAAUUAAAUAAUCCAUCGCAUCUUAGUUUUGAUAGUUAUGGAAAUAUAUUUGUUACUGAUCGAGAUAAUAGUCGUGUUCAAAAGUUUAUUUUAAUACCAAAUACGACUUACCCUUUUUCCUUUAAUCAACCAUAUUUCUGUCCAUCUACAACCUGGUAUCUCGAUGGUAUUACGUUCGCUAACUCCAGUAUAGUUGGUUUAGAACCGUACUGUCUCUUUGUCAGUAUUAACAAUACGCUUUAUGUGGCUGAUCGACAGAAUGGUCGAAUCGUAAUCUGGUUAGAAGGAAGUGUCUAUCCUGACAAAAUUAUUUCUGGUGCUGCAAGUUUUCCACUAAGUCUAUUUGCUACACUUUCUGAUGAUAUAUAUAUUGACAAUGGUGUUAGUUAUGCUCGAGUCGAUAUGUGGCCAAGAAAUUCAAACAGUAGUGUUAUUGCUAUGACAAUAGUUGAAGAAUGUUAUAGUAUUUUUGUCGAUCUCCAAAACACUUUGUAUUGCGCGAUGACUUUUUAUCAUCAGAUCGCUAAAAAAUGGUUAAAUGAUAACGGAACCACACUUACUGUGGCAGCAGGUAAUGGUGCAGCGGGGUCGACUCCAUAUCAACUUUAUUAUCCUGCUGGACUCUAUGUUGAUGUUAAAUUUAAUUUGUAUGUGGGAGAUUGUGGUAAUGACAGAAUUCAAAUGUUUCCAUUAGGACAAGUAAAUGGAAUUACAAUAGCGGGAAAUGGAGCACCAGGUACUAUUACUCUCGAUUGUCCCAAUGCAAUUACAUUUGAUGCUAAUGGAUAUCUCUUCAUUGUUGAUAAUUACAACCACCGAAUUAUUGGAAGUGGACCUUAUGGCUUUCGAUGUUUAUUUGGAUGUACGAGUAUACCAGGUUCUGCACCCAGUCAAUUAUAUUAUCCACGAACUUUUGGUUUCGAUAGUUAUGGAAAUCUUUUUCUUGCUGACCAAUACAACCAUCGCAUUCAGAAAUUCAUUCUAGCAUCGAAUUCAUGCAGUAUUUCUUACAAUCAACCUAAAUUUUGUCCAGAUGCAUUAUGGUAUUCAAAUGCUUCAACUUUUGCAACAAACAUUACCAUUGGUUCACUACCGUAUAGUAUAUUUAUUGAUGGCAUUAAUAAUGUGUUUGUGCCUAGUAGACUUUAUAGAACUGUUUCAGUCUGGACUCAAUGGAGUGACACACCAACAAGUAAUAUUUCCAGUUAUUUAAAUAAUACAUUUAGCUUGUUUGUUUCAAUUACUGGUGACAUUUAUAUUGAUAAUGGUUAUUCAAAUGGUCGCGUCGAUAAAUUCAUAUUUAAUACAUCAAAUAGUGUCACUGUCAUGAAUACUAAUGGAAGUUGUUUUGGUUUAUUUCUGGAUAUUACAAAUUAUCUUUAUUGUUCUCUUCGAGAUUUUCAUCAAGUCGUUAAGCUCUUACUAAACAAUGGUACCAAUAUCCCAACAAUUGCAGCAGGCAUCGGUUUCGCAGGAUCAGCAUCAAAUAUGCUUGAUUCUCCACAAGGAAUCUAUGUUGAUAAUUAUCUCAAUUUGUACAUAGCAGAUUGUGGUAAUGAUCGAAUUCAACGCUUUCAAUUCGGACAACUCAAUGGUGUGACAUUAGCUGGAAAUGGAACAUCAGGAACUAUUACAUUGGACUGUCCAACUGAUAUUGUUCUUGAUAGUGAUGGAUAUUUAUUCAUUGUAGAUAGCAACAAUCAUCGCAUUAUUGGAUCAUCAUCCUACGGCUUUCGAUGUUUAGUUGGAUGUUCCGGAGGUGGUUCUUUAUCCAAUCAAUUAUCUUAUCCACAGAGCAUGGCUUUUGACAGUUAUGGAAAUAUGUUUGUUACUGAUCGAAAUAAUAGUCGUGUUCAAAAAUUUAUUCUUAAGAAUAAUACUUGUACUAUACCAACAACCAUUCAAACUACUGUAGUCUCGACCACAAAUGCUCUUCAAAGUACGGUUACUCUUGCAACAACUACUAUCGGUACUACGGCUGCUCAAAUUACUACGGCUUUACAAAUUACACUGGAUUCGACCACAGCUACCGCUCAAACUACUGAGACUGAAACUACAACUAUAUUGGCACUUGUCCAAAUGUCAACAACAAGCUACAUUGAAUCCACUACAGUCUCGAUCAAAACUACUCCCAUAAUGAUUUACUCUUCGGCGACAAGUACUGUCGAAAUCACUGAAGCUCCUACAACAAACCAUAUCGAAACAACUGAAGCUUUAACGACAAGUGCUCCCACACCAGGUAAAAUUCCUGCGACGAGUACCGAAGCAACUACUGAAGGUCCUACGACAAGUAUUUCCAUAACCACUGAAGUUCCAACGAUGAGUACUACCAAAAGUACUGAAAUUUCAACAACAAGUUACAUCACUACUACUCACACUUUAAUUACAAGUACUCCAGAUACUAGUGAAAUUCCAACUACUACCGCUAUGGAAACUUCUGAAACGGCAACCACAAGUAUCAUCUUAAGCACUAUAGAUGCAAGCACAACAACAAUAUUUCCAAUAGAUAGAAUAACUACAAACAUCGUCGAAACAACUGAUACAAGAAUUUCAACACAGCUUGAGCAAGAAACCUCCUCAAUACAACAACAACAAUCAUCGAUAAUUACAAUUGCAACAACUUCGGAGACACCUAUUACUAACGAAAGCUGUUUUUCACCCACUGUUAUACUCAUUCCUGGUAAAUCAUCUUUAACAUCUCCAUUACAAUAUCGACGAAGUCAAGAUUUUUCUAUUAUUUCGAUUAUUCAAUUAAAUUGUCCAGGUUUAAUUUCAACAAUUACUACAUGGACAAUUAAGAACUGUAGUUCUUCUUGUUCAUAUCAAAUUCAAUUAAAUGAAAAAGUAAUUACAACAUUGAGUGAACUAUAUAUACCAUCAAGAACUCUUGAUUAUGGUGUUUACGAAUUAAAAUUAACUGUAACACUAGUUGAUUUACCAAGUUUAACAUCAUCAUCUUCAGCAUAUGUUAGAAUUACUCCAUCAGGUAUAACAGCAAAUCUUGUUCAAUUGGGAACAUCAUUAAUUACACGUGGAAAUCAACAAGAUCUUUUACUCGACCCUGGAACAUUUUCUAUUGAUCCUGAUGAAGAUUCAUUUGAUGCAAGUAAAUGGAAAUAUGAAUACUAUUGUCGAAUUUAUGGUUUAUAUAACUUUCCAAACUUACAAGGUAUAUUACUAAGUAUUGAUGAUAAUCGAACUGAUCCUUCUAGUCCAUCAUGUUUAUCAAAUCGAUCAACACUGCACUAUACUAAUUCUAGUAUUUCACCAAAAUCAUCAAUAACAAUUCUUGCUGGUUCACUUCAAGCAAAUCGAACAUAUCAGUUCUUAGUUUAUAUGGAAAAUCGUCGAAAUUCUUCUAUUCAAGCAACUGGUUACUUACUUGUUAAAAUUGAAGAAACUCGUCCACAAUUAAUUGCUGUUGGUUGUGUUAUAUCAACAAUGUGUCUUCCUAAUCUUGAAUUUCAACUUGUUAAUCCAACAACACAAGUUGCUCUGUUUUCUAUUUGUGUUGGAAGUUGUACAGAUAUUCAAAACAUAACAUGGAAUAUUUAUUUUUACAAAAAUAACAAAUCAACAUGA